AUGCCCAACGUCAACAUGCUCACUCGUCCCCAGUCCGCUCUGCCUGGUCAGCCUGGCCUGAUCACGCUCUCGCCGGAGGAGAAGGCGGCGGGCAAGUGGUCUCGCGCCAACUUGCAGCGCGCAAUGGAGCUCAUGCACCGCGACGGCGUCCUUGCGGUCGCUGGAGUCGUCGACAUCGACCACGUCAAGGCGCUGCGUGAAGCGAUGGACCCGGUCGCUCGCAAAGUCGCCGCCUCCAAGACGAAGCUGUCCCAGUUCAACCAGGGCUUCGCGACCAACUUCCUCAUGAGCCCGCUCCUCACCAACAAGGACUUGCUCUUCGACGAUGUAUACGCGAACCGCUUCGUCCACUCGCUCAUCGAGGCGUACCUCGGCCCGGACAUCAAGAUCCACCUCUGCACCGCCAAUGUCGCGAUGCCUCGCACGCAAGACCGUCAGCGGGUCCACAAAGACCUCCCGUGGAUCCACCCCCUCGCACCCUUCAUCGUGAACCUGAACUUGCUUCUCUGCGACUUCAACGAGCACACCGGCUCGACCGAGUUCUGGUGCGGCUCGCACAAUACGACAGCCUGGGACCAGGUCUUCCCGUCGAAGGACGCGGGCGCCCCGAUCUGCGACGUAGCGGACGACUGCCUCGAAGCGCGCCGUCUCGAGCGACCCGGAAGUCAAGUCGACUUGCCGAUGGGAACCGUUUUGCUGCGCGACCUCCGCACCUGGCAUGCGGGAAUGCCAAACCACUCGGACGAGUGGCGAAUCAUGACGGCUGUCGAGUACGCGGCGUCGUGGUACCCCGAGCCGGCGCGCAAGCAGAAGGCCCCGCUGUCCGCCAAGCCGAUUCUCGAGAAGUACACCAAGACGGACCUCGACUUCGUUCCCGACGCUGAAUGGGAGAGCUUCGCCCAGAACUGGGACUUUGUCGACCCGAAGGCCAUGAAGCUGCCGAGCGUGCCGGGCGCCGACGAGGGAACGGCCGAGGGAGGCGAAUGGGUGACGCUCAACGCGAUCAGGGAGGAAGAGAAGUACGAUCGCAAGGUGUAG